AUGGUUAUUCAUUUUAAUCGUCUUGGUUAUAUAAAUCCAUCAACAAAUAUUUAUUGUAAAUGGUGGACAUUUCUUGAAUAUUCUCUUAAUGGUAUCAAUGAAAUGUUAAUGGCAACAAUAUCAAUUCAACGACAUAUUCUUAUUUUUCAUUCAACUUUAUUCAAUAAUCGAUUAAAUCGAUAUAUUUUUCAUCAUUUACCCCUUUUGAUUUGUAUUAUUUAUCCAAUAAUUUUUUAUAUAAUAAUUAUUUUAUUUGAUAGUUGUGAUGGAACACAAUGGAAUUUCUAUGCAAAUAUUUGUGGAUUGGCAAAUUGUUAUAUGGUUUAUGAAAAAUCUUUAGCAACAUUUGAUUGGAUAUUUAAUAAUGGUUUUCCAAUCAUUGUUAUCAUUUUUGCAGAUAUAACUUUAAUUAUUCGAGUAAUUCGACAAAAACUUCGUCGACAUGGAUCAAUUUCUUGGAAAAAACAAAGACGAAUGACAAUACAAUUAUUAAGUGUAUCAUGUCUUUAUAUGAUUGCUUGGUUUCCAGGAAUAAUUGUUGCAACAAUUCAAUAUUUAAUUUCACCAACAUUUCUUUUAGAUAUUCAAGUUGAAUAUAUUUUUUAUUUAACAUAUAUCAUUUGUUUAUUUAUUCCUUGGAUUUCUUUGGGAUUAUUUCCCGAAUUUAUCAAAUGGAUUUGGAAGAUAAUUACAUCUCGAUCAAUGCCCAAUAAUGUGAUCAAAUCAAUAAAAUAA